UAGGCUGCGAGCUCAGCUCCCCGAAGCGGCAGCAGUAUCGGCGGCAGCGCGCCUCGGUCUCUGGCCCCUUCACUCCGUGCCUUCUGCAGCUGCCACUGCAGCCGCCCGGCGGGGCUCUCUCCCUACAGCCAGCUCGCAGCCCCAGCACGGUGCCUUGGCAAAGAAAAAAGGGCUCUCGGACACGCGUUCCAGGCGGGUCCGGAGAGCCGUUCCUGGGCACCCUCGCUCUCCUGACGUCUUGCUUGCCCGCAGUUACUCCCUCAGCCCUUUGCUCCUGCGCAUCCGCUCCCACACCGGGGAGCAGUUUUGGUUGGCUUGGGCUCCGUCCUCCCUCGGCCGGUGGGAACGGUGUGCCCCAGAGAGGAAGUCUGGUAGGCCCGGCCCCUCCCAGCCCCGCGCCCAUGAGUGCCAGGGCGCCCAAGGAGCUGAGGCUGGCGCUGCCGCCUUGUCUCCUCAACCGGACCUUUGCGUCCCCCAACGCCAGCGGCAGCGGCAACUCGAGUGCCCGCGGCCAGGGCACCGGCGGCGGCACCUGCAUUACGCAGGUGGGACAGCAGCUCUUCCAGUCCUUCUCCUCCACGCUGGUGCUGAUUGUGCUGGUCACCCUCAUCUUCUGCCUCAUCGUGCUGUCCCUCUCCACCUUCCACAUCCACAAGCGAAGGAUGAAGAAGCGGAAGAUGCAGAGGGCUCAGGAGGAAUACGAGCGGGAUCACUGCAGCGGCAACCGCGGGGGCAGAGAGGCCCCGGCCAGUGGCCAGGCCCCAACCCACGCAAAAGAAACCCGGCCCUCCUCCUCCUCCUCCUCCUCCUCAACCCCAGGCCUCCCAUGCCAGGGUCCCUAUGCUCCUCCGCCUCCGCCGCCCGUCCCCAGUCCUCAAGGAGCACAUGCCACCUCCUCCUGUUUGGACACAGCUGGCGAGGCCCUUUUGCAAACGGUGGUACUGUCCUGAUUGUCUAGCCCCUCUCCUCCCCCUUCCUUGUCUCCAGCAUCAUUGCAGUCCUCGCUGUUCCCCUCAGUCCCCCCUCUCACUUUUCUCUGACCUCUCCUUUUCCUUCUUUCCUUGUUUGCCCUCCCCUUACUAUUUCUCCUCCGCCGAGGCACUGUGCGGUAUUUGUAAAUAUUGGGUAAGGAAAGUCUCGGAAGAAGAAAUAACGCUGAUAAGAAUACUUUAUUAUUAAUAUUUAUAGUAAUUAUUAUAAUACUAAUAACACAAUCCAAGCGCAUGACAAAUCACGUAAUUUCUCAUUGUCAAGGAAGGAUGCGUCUUCCCUCUCCACCCUGCGCCCCCCACAAUAAGGAGGAGAAACCGCACAUGCUACCAAAUAUAUAACAGGUAUUAACCCGGAGCAAAGAGUGGAGGGGCCCGGUGUGUUGUACAUAGCUGUCAGGUUAAGGUUCCCCUACCCUCCGCCCCCCAAGCUUUCACUUUCCCGUCAGAUUCUCUCCCUUCCUCAUCCCCUCCCUCAGCCAGGCUCAGGCAAUAGUAUAUGAUGAAGAAAACGUCUACAUUAAGCGCCAGGACUACCAGAGGCCGCAGAGACAGUCCCAGAAAAACGUUAUGACAGGUACUGCUCUCCAGUCAUUCCUCUUCUCACUCCUUAGUUAACCAUUCCUUUUUCCAGGACAAGGCAUUUUAAUUUACUUUUAGAUAUGCCCCUCGCUGGCCGAGCAUAAGUACAUUGAAAAUCUUUAAAUUAGUUUUUAAAAAUCUACUGCUUUAGCUCUCUGCCCAAUCCCCACCUGUACACCUUUGACUUGUGGCAUUUUCAGGAUUCACAAAGGACCUGGGAGCUGUCCAGCCAGGUCUGGUGCUGAAAUAGCCUCACAGAACUGGUUACUUUUUUUGGUUGUGCAGGCGAAGGAGGGGCUUUUUGGAAAGUGACUAUUCUAUUUUUUGUUGGUUUCUUUCUUCUUUUUCUACAAUCUGGUUUGUGUGUACUAUAGGUUUUCUUAAUAUUUAAUAUUGUAUAAGUUACCUUUUUUUGUAAAAAAAACAAACAAAACAAAACUAUUAGGUGAUGUUCAGUACUGAAAGUGCAGUAUCUAACCAACCAGAAUGUUUCUGUUUAAUUUUUAGGAGAAGUACACCUUUGUUAUACAUUUAUUACAUUGGUACCAAAUACAGAAGCAAACUAUAGUUCUGUUAUACAUCCUCCAAACUGUAUAUUCUUGUUCUAAUUUCCAGCUGUUGGUAUAAUGGUUAUCACUGGAUGAGAAAUUCAGUGGUGCAGGUCUGACUUCUACUGUUUCCAGAAGUGUUCUUUUGUAUCUUACUCUGUAGUAGACUGUUAUAUAAAUAUAACACAUAUGUUUUUCUUUUGCAAAUAACAGAAACAACCACAAUAGAAAACAAAUAAUGGAUGUGCAGGAAUGCCAUCUAUUAAAACAUGGCUAAUAUUUAAACAGUGCCUGUAAUCCUCCCUGCAUGCAAUUACCACCUGGAGGCAGUAGUGUGUAUGCUUGCUUGUACUGUAUGUGUUUGGAGGUGAGACUGGUGGGGAUGUUGGGCAAUUUGGAUGACAGGACAUGUAAAUUUCAAGAGAAGUUAAGCCCAGUAACUACUUAUAGGAUAAAAAUAUUUGCAGCUUGCUUACUUAGAAAUCUGUGCUUGCAUUUGAAAUAUGGCAAAGGAAGUGUUCUCUUUCUCUUUAUGAGUCUGGCUUACCUAACUUCAAUGAAUA